GUCGGAAAACAACAUGGAGGAUCUAUCGCUCACAAUCUCAAAAUAUGAUAAACUGACUGGUAGAUUUCAGUAACGGCACAUUUGAAUAAAUCGCUAUGGUUUACCAGAGAGUGAGACCAUACAUAAACGUUCUUGGAAUGUUUACCCGUGGUUUUGUCAUCGGUGUGCCUGUGGUUAUCACAUUCGUGGACUACGUUGGAAGCGUCAAAGGUGUAACUGGCAUCUCUAUGCAAGUGAGUUUCAAGAGUACUUUCCGUUACAUUUAAUUUCCUUAAUUUCUUAUGCACAUAUCUCAGAAUUUAAACUCUGAGAAUUUUUGUUGUAUUCUGAGAUUGAAAUUUUUUGUGUUAUCACUUUUUGUUUGAAAAUGUGUUGAUAUUGUAGAGAAAAAUUACUCAUUGGUCACGCAUGAAGGAGUUAUAGGGUUAAGAUUUGGUGUACAGAGUUUCUUGCAAUAUGCCAUAUAAACGGAAUAUAAAUAUUCUAUAUUAUCAGUAGUUCAUUAAUUUUGUUAAUUAGUAGUUAUUCACUUUUUUCUGCCCAGCCAACCUUAAAUCCCAAUCCACGUAAAAGUAGUGAUGUAGUGCUUGUCAACAGCUGGGCUGUCCGGCGAUUUGAAGGAAUUAACAGAGGAGACAUUGUUACUUUGACGUAAGUGAAAAGUUCUACAGUUCAGUGUAAACAAAGUAUGGUAUGAACAUUUCAGGCUUCUUAUGUGCAAGCCUCACAUUUGGGUGAAAUUUUAAUUACUAUUAUUUUUACUGACAAGGCCAGGAAGACUAAUUUACUUUUGGAUAAAAGAAUAAUGAUUAUGCUCACAAUAUUUGAAAGAAGUCAGUACCAUAUUUCCUUGAAUAAGCACCUGGGCUCUUAUGAAAAAUUUUGGCUCAAAUGGGGGGAGGAAUAAAAUGGCAGGAGGGUGCUAUUAAGGUUAUAUUAAGUGGAAAUACAAACAGGUUUUCUUUGUGAUGAUUUUAGAAAUAUGAAAUUCUUAUAUUUGCACUGUGGUGAAGAAACGAAAUUAAGAGAUCAUCACAGCUAAGAACACUCUUAAUUUCAUUUCUUCAUCGCAGUGCAAAUAUAUGAAUUUCAUAUAUCUAAAAUCAUCAUUCAUCACUUGGCUGGUUUAUUUGGACCCAACACAUUGACCAGUUGGCUUGUUAGCUCAGUUGGUAGAGUGCUGCACCAGUAUCGCAGAGGUCAUGGGUUCAAAUCCUGUACAGGUUUUCUUUGUAUCCUAAUAACUAUUCAAGGAAGUGAGGGGGAGUCAGAAGGGGGGUGGGCACUAUUUGAGGGGGGUCUUGUUGGCCAAUAGGGUAGGUGCUAUUUCAGGGGAGGGAAGGGUGCUUAUUGGAGUGUGGGUGCUUAUUCAAGGAAAUAUGGUGAGUUGGUUUAAAAUUGACCUAGCAGGAGGCAUUCCAAUUGGCUAUUUACAAAAUAAAGCUACAACAUGAUUGUAAUUGCUAUAAUUUCCCUUAUUAUUUUAUAUAAACAUAGUGAUCCCACAGAUCCUGAUGCUGCCUUAAUAAAGAGAGUUAUAGCUCUAGAAGGCGACCGUGUAAGGUGAGUUAUGAUAUGAUUUUAAAUAGAUACUACUGUUUCUGUAUUCACUCUCCUGCAAAAAUGUUGACACCUAGGAACUGCUUACAAUCAAGGAUAAGACCCUAGGACAUAGUGGAUCAGAUGUACUUGAUAACCAUCACUAUAAAAAACUAGAUCAAUGGAUAAUGCAAUUCAAGAGUUUCAUUGGCCUAGCCAUCAUGCGUUAUGAGCCAUUAUACCACACUCCACAAAUAUGGUAAUCGUAUGUAUCAGCGCAAAAUUAAAAUGGAGCUAAAAAAUGUAUUUGUUUAUCUUUACUUUGGUUUUAUUUUAAUAAAACAAUUAUUCCACUUGUGCUUGUUGUAUAUGAGAUGAUAGAUAGUCAACUCAGCCCUACAGGCCUGGUCAGCUAUCAAUUAUCUCCUAUCCUACAUGGGCCUAUGGAAUAAUAUUGUCUAUUAGUUCUCCAGAAAGUUGUACAGGAUAUAUAUCUGAUAUCCUAGCUUGAUCAUUUUUUUUGCCCCCCCCCCAGGGAAAAUAUGAGGCCUUGAAAAACUUGAGCUGGUGAGAGGUCUAUAGGGGGACUGGCACUGAUAAUUAUUAGUGCCAGACCCCCUGGCAAACUUCUCCAGCUUUUCUCAAAUCUUCCUGCUGUAGAGAAUCGUGCAUACUGCAGGCUUGAUACUGAGGGCCUGCUUUCACUGAUACCGGGUAUCUUAAUUAUCUGGUUUGUGAUUUGAUUGGCAUCUUUAAAUUUUGCCAUCUUACAUGUACACUAACAGUUACCUUAAUGAGCUGUGACCUGCCAUUAUGUAAGGAUGUUCAUUGUUGAACAAUAAUUCCUGUUUCUCUGUUUUGUAGAAGCAUUAACUACAAAAAGAAGAUUGUGAAAAUUCCAAAAGGACAUUGCUGGGUGGAGGGUGACAAUCACUCUCAUAGUCAUGACAGCAAUUCUUUUGGACCGGUGAGUUCUGUUUUCUGUAGUUGUUUUUGUUGCUUGUACAAUUUUUGCUAUACACAGAUCCUUCAAGUAUCCAGAGGGGCUUUCUUGAUGUUAUUGACUUGCUUCAUGACCUGGAGCCCACUGUGUUUUUACAGUGUGCUACUGUGAGGAUUUCAUUGUUUCAUAGUAACGUUUUGAAACGCUGAACGUUGCAUUUUUAUAAAUCUUGAAAGAUUUUGUAAGUGGCUCUUCCCUUUAAAAACCCCAGCAGAAGUCGUUAUAAGAGUCGCGUCUUUCUAUACUCAACUUGUUUUGCUUUUCAUUCAACAAGCCUUUUUAAAUUUGAUCCGUGUUAUAUUUUAUUGAGCUCUUUGAGACGGGAAUUCUUGGAAGUUCGUGUUUUUCCUUAUUUCGUUUUUAAUUUGUUUGCCUUUUUCAGACUUCUCUUUUGAUAACUUGUGUUUUAAUUUUCGUUAGGUGGCUGUUGGAUUAAUCCAAGGAAAAGCAACGCGCAUUGUGUGGCCUCCCAAAAGAUGGCAAAGGUUGGAGAAGAUCACGUGCGAUGAAAGACUCGAGCUCGAAGGGAAAUUUUCAAUUUCGGAAGAAGAAAAGACCGGCGAACAUUCGAUCAAGCCACAAGUUGAUAAAGAGAACGGAAUUAGUACGGCGUGUAGAUCUUACAGCUUAGUGGACGAUUCUGGUUCUGUUACUGAAUUCUCAUGUGACUUGAGCAGUUGACCCAUAAUGGAAACUUAGGCGAGAUUGAUUUUAGCAUUUAGAAAAUAAGAAGGACUCGAAUUUCUUCAAGUUCUUAUUGGUGUUUCUCAUUCGUUUUUCAACUCCUGGCCCCGGUUGUUUGAAGGUUGGAAAGCAUUACCCGCUGGACAAAACUCUAUCCAGUGGAUAACGCUAUAAGUUUUGC